AAUCCCUAUACUUUUUUUUAGCUAUACUUCUUGUCGCACCAGAUAGUUGAAGGACAACAAAUGUGUGAAGCAAAGAGCAUAAAUUAUAGGGGAAUGUGCAUGAAGUGGAGGACCUGCAAGCGUGUAUGUAUAAGUGAAGGUUUUCCUGAUGGUCUAUGUAAAGGGUUCGUCCGGAAAUGCUAUUGCAAGAAGCCAUGCGUUGUUUCUAAUUAA